AUGAAACCAGACGAUAAUAUUCAGUCAACAUCUGCAAAGUUUAUUCAGUGUUCAAAUGAUCGCCUACAAUUGUUACAAUCGAUUUGUCCAUCCGCAGCUGCUGCAACAAUUCUGUUGGGUAAACCUAUACGUGAUCCACACGAUAAUGAUGAUGUCAAACGAAAUAUUUUGACUAAAUCUAAUAACCUUGAUGAGACUCGUGUUCUGGUAACAGCGAACUCAUGGUGCCCAGUGUCAUUAAGAACAAAAGAUCCUGAAUCACAGUUAAUAUUCAAUCCCAUUUAUAAGGAUAAUAAUAGCAAUACUCCUACAAAAACAAAUACACCAAAACAUUCACCGUCGUCUGUGAGCGUACCAGAACCUACGAUACGCGGUGGAACACUUGAUGGAUUGCUUAUAUAUGCAUUGAAUUUAUUACAGAUGCCUAUACCAACUAGUCAUCCAGAUUAUUUAUUUCCUGAUGUAAUUCGUUUAACUUAUCCAACAUUUACAAGUCCUGAUAAAAUAAUUGAACGUUUAAUCCAAAUCUAUGUUGCAUAUGCUCCUGUUGAACCGGGUUGUCAAAGUAGUGAUUGGAUUGACGCUUUAGCUGCUGCAGAUUAUUUAGUUAGUAUUGCUAAAGAUAUUCAUCCAAAACAAUUGACUGCUUCAUUAAUUCUCAAGCUUAAUCGGUUUGCACGUCUUCUUAUGUAUGAUAAUCAACUGAUUACAAAUGAACAAAUACAUAACGAUAAUCAAAUUUCAGAUGAACCACAUCGUGUUCUUGCUGAUCGAUUACUAGAAAAACUACCAAUUCUAUCAUCAAAACAGAAAUUGACAAAUUAUUCAAACAAAUUAAACAAUAUAAAUAAUGACAGUGUUGAUUACAUUUCGACGAUAAGAAAUCCAACGGUAAAUAAAACUGAGUCAAAUAAUUUAUGGUCAAAACAGCCGUUAGUUAUCAAUAAUUCAUUAACUGGACAAAAUAAUACAAAUUUAGAUGGAAUAAACAAUCAUGAUUCUGUACACUAUUCACCUUUGGUAAAUACAGAUAGUAAAAUGUGCAUUUGUGAACCUGAAGAAGAUGCCAUAGUAAGAGCUCACGAAUUCCUUGAAUGUGAUGCACGAUUAAUUGCAGAAGAAAUAACUCAAAUUGAAGAAGAAAAAUUCGCUCAAAUUGAUUUUCAUGAACUACUAGAUAUUCAACAUUUAGAAAAAGGUGAAGCUCAAACUUUAGGUAAAUGUGUUGAACAUUUCAAUCAAAUGACACGUUGGGCUAAAGGAAUGCUACUUAUAAUAGCGCCAAAAAUAGUUGAAAAAUAUUCUUUAGUAAAUUUAUCAAAUCAUCAAACAAAAAGUGCAAGUGGUAAAUCAUUGUUUGAUAAUUUACGUAGUCGUCAUACAUGUUCUUCUCUUAUUGUUCCAAAUAUUAAAAAUAAAAACAAAUUAAGUAAUAGAGAAUAUGAUUCACAAUCUGAUGUAGAAUUAACAAACAAUAUCAAAUCUACAAAUGAAGAUUUUAUAAAAUCAAAUUCGUUAAUACACCAUAAAAGUAUUUUAACAAAGAAAAUUGUUUCUGUCAAUAUUAUGUUACAGAAACUAUGCGAAAUCUUAAAGCAUCUAAAGCAAUUACACAAUUUUAGUUCAUUCCUUGCAUUAUUGUUGGCUAUCCAAGAAUUACCUGAAUGUCUCCUUUCUAAGAAAUCAAAACAAUUGGUUGCUGGUUUUUCAUCCUAUAUGAAACCUCCGAAUUUCGGUGAAUAUCGACGAGACUUGGAAACAUCCCCAUUACCAUGUUUGCCUUAUUUAGGUUUAAUAUUCCAACAACUAAUUCAUUUACAUAUUGGCAAUCCAAUUCACCUGUCAACUUCACCAACAACAACAUUGUCUAAAAAUGAUAAAAUAGAACAUGAUAUUGAAUCUAUCAGAGAACAUGAUGAUUCUUCCCACCAAGUGUUUAAACCACUUAAAAUGAUGGCUACAUCACUGAAUACAAAUUCGACUGAUAUGGUUAAUGUUUGGAGGUGUUGGAAACACUAUAUGGUACUUGGUUAUUUUAUAAAACGAAAAGAAGGAUCUGUUGAAAACGUUCACCAUUUUCCACAUAAUCCUCAAAUUAAUCGUAUAAUUAAUGGAUUUGAAGAUCAAUUCAAUGACAUAGCAUUAGAUAAAGCCAAAGAACAAUUAAUUAUUAUUCUUCAACGUUCAAAACGAAGUAUUUUAUCAUCAAAAUGA